AUGUUGGGACUAACACAUUAUUCAUAUGAAGGACAAGAACUUGCAAAUUCCAAUAAGCGAUGCACAACAAACUUUAUGUGUGACGACGUAAAUGAUUGUGAGAAAGGUCUAGGAUAUUGCAACAACGGAGUUUGCGGGUGUCUUAAGUUACGAGUGAUGGAUACAAAUAAAGCCAAUCCGAAUCAUCAAGGACAAUGUGACACAAACCUUGAGUGCUACACCAUGGGUUGUAUCAGAGGUCCAGGAUAUUGCGAUAAUGGAGUUUGCAAGUGUCCUAAAUCACAGGUUUAA